AGUAAAUGAUAAUUAUUGUAGGUUGCUUUAUCGAGAGUUACUACGAUUGAAAAAUUAUAUAUCGUUACAAAAAAUAAUACGGCUACUUUUAAUCAUGGGCGAACAGAGCCAGCUGCACUUCGUCCGUUAAAACUUGAGCUUCAAAGACUGUCAUUAAACCCAUUAGUGACAUUAGAAUCACAAUUACUUGAAUUUAUCACUAAAAAGCCUGGUUUGUCAAUUUAUAGUUUGAAUAUUCAAAGUUUACAAACCCAUAACAAUGACAUUAUCGACAAAGUAGCUGCUAAUUCAAAUAUUCUACUUUUGUCUGAAACGUGGACUCAUAAUGAUGAAGACAUUUCCAUUCCUAAUUUUAAUUGUGUAGUUAAAUAUAAACGCCCUAAUAUAAGAUCUGGAGGUGGAGCUAUUUAUCAAAAUGAUAACGAUACAACACACAUUGUAACACCAUCAAUGGACAUUUCAGUACAUAAUAUACAGGCACUUGGAGUACAACUCAGUGCUGUAGGAGAAAUCUGUGCCGCUGAAUGUACAACAGCACUGAAAAAAAAAAAUUUGCUAUUGUAACAAAAGUCAGGAUUACGCAGUUAUUUGUUGAGAUAACAAAUCCAUCUUGGUCAACGCAACGAAAUGAUAUUUGUUGUGGCAAGUAAAAUGAAGUUGCCGUUGAAACAAAUGAAAUGUGUUGAGCAAAAUAUUAAAUCAGGUUUUAUUAACAUUCAAUAUUCUUGGUUACCAAGUUAUUUUAUUUAUUUAAGAAGUAAAAAGGAAGUGAUCAAAUUAUAAUUUACUGUAUGUAUAGUUAUUCAAGUUUAAUUAAAAUUACAAUUUAAAUGGACAAUGAAGAAAUGUUUAAUUUGUUAAGAAAUUGGGGCAUAAGUGACGGAUCAAUUAAUAAGUUCAUUGCUUAAACAAGAUUUUGAUACUUUAUAUCCUGAUCGAGACCAGAUUGCAACGGAAAAUUGGAGAAAAGUGGAACAAUUUUUAUAUAAAAAAUUGAUCGAUAGUGAUAUUUUUGAUGAUUCUGUUACUGACAUAAGUGAAAACGAAAAAACGGCGUUUAUUUUAACUCAUUUGGCCUUAUUAUUUGGUGUUUGUAAUGCAAUCCAAAAUAAAAAAAUUAUUAAACAUUUUCGUCCAACUCACGAAGAAAUGCAAAGAGGAUUUGUAUUACAAGUAUCAGUUGUUGGAAAUAUUGAAGCAAUAGUCAAAAGAAGAGUCGAUAAGCUUGCUCAAUAUAAAUGUACUUUACAACCAUUCAUUGUUGUUGUGGGUCCAAUUGAAAACAUUUCUCAAAUCUUCCUCUAUUUGCAUGCAGAUUAUCGUUAUGAAGUUAAUUCUCUAUUAGAAGCUUUUUUUUUGCUUUUUAAGUGCAUUUUCGCUCUCAACGCAAUUUACCCCCCUGAAUCGGCACAAAUAUGGCAGUUUUUCCAAAGAGUUCUUUGGGGUUUGCCAUAUGAUGACACAUACAACAGUCAUUAUAUAAGCGUCGAAACAUUGAUUGGACAGUACAAACAUUUUACUCCCUAAAAUUAAGUUUAGUUAUUAAGUUAAUAUCAGUUGCAUUGCAUUAAUAAUUUAAUUUUACAGUUCCGUAAAUGCUUAUAAUUAGUCAGUUAGCAACAUAAUUACUUAAUUUAAAAUGCCUAAUUGCAGUAUUUGUUCAAUUCAAGUUGAUUGUAUUAAUACACUCAUUUUUCAUAUCGCUAAACAACAUUCAGAUGUAAAAAAUAUAUACAAUUGUGGCGAAUUGAAUUGUUACUCAACUUUUAGCACAAAAGAUUCUUUCAAAAAACAUUUACAAAGAAUACAUGAUUGCCAGUUGAAAUCAUUAGUAGUAAAUGAUAUAGAUAUUAAUUUAACUAAUGAAACUCGAGAAUUUUCUAAUAGUGAAAAUCUAAAUUAUGACAGUAAUACUCAGAGUGACUUUCAGCAAAAUACAAAUAAUCCGGAUUUUUCAGCGAAUGAUUUCAAAACUGCCCUUAAUAAAGCAGCAGUAGAACUUAUAGCAAAUAUGUACGCUAAUCUUCGCUUGUCUAAAAAUAUUGUUCAACAUAUUCUCGAUGAUAUUAAGGUUUUCUUGAGUGAUUCUUUUAUAGGUAUAUUAGAAUCAAAAGUAGAAAAUACUCUUAUUAAUUCAAACUGUUCCGACAAAGAUAUUAAUGUAAUUAAAAAAAUGUUUGAUGAUAUAAAAAAUACUUUUGCGGAUUUAGAUACAGAACAUCGACGGUUGAAGCAUUUUGAAAAAUCAGGUUCUUAUAUAAAACCGAAAUCGUACAUUAUUGAUCGUACUUAUGUUAUUUCAAAAUCAAAAAAAGGUUCUAAAGGUAAAAUGACCGACAUAUGUGGACAAUUCAUACCAUUACGUGCAACGCUUAAAAAAUUUUUUCAGCAACCUAAUGCUUUAACUGACACGGUGAAUUAUAUGGAACAACUUAAAAAUAAUGAAACAGUAAUUGAAAACUAUAUUCAGUGUAAAUCAUGGGCUAAAAAACGAUCUGAAUACAAAGAUGAUGAUAUUGUGAUACCAUAUUUUUUAUCUGGUGAUGACGUGGAAGUUAAUAAUCCUCUAGGUUCUCGAUCAGGAAAGGUUAUGCCCAUUUACGCAUCAAUUCCAUGUUUACCAUCAGAAUGCCGGUCAAAAUUAGAAAAUUAUUUUCUUGUUUUAUUGUAUGACAGUUGGAUUCGUUUAAAUAAAAAUAAAAAAAAUCGAACAUUUCGCAUUUACCGCCCGCUCAUUAAGGAAAUAAAAUUUUUGGAAGAAAAAGGAAUUAAAAUUUUAACAAAUCAAGGUGAAAAACAUGUUUAUUUUGUAUUGGGUCUAAUCCAAGGAGAUAACCUUGACUUACAUGGUCUUUUAGGCUUUACCGAAUCGUUUUCUGCCACUUAUUAUUGUCGAUUUUGUAAAAUGGACAAAAAUACAUGUCAAAAUACCAUUCUUUUAUCCCCUGAAUUGACUCGAACUGUACAAAACUACAAGACAGACCUUAAAACAAAUAAUAUUACGCUAACAGGUAUACGAGAAAAAUGUGUGUUUAAUUCAGCUUCAUUCCAUGCCGUAGAGAAUUUUUCUGUCGACGAAAUGCAUGAUUUUAGAGAAGGGAUAGCUCAUGAUGAUUUAAUAGAAAUUUUAAGCGCAAUUACUUCACAAAAUAGUGAAUAUUAUGAGUUUUCUGUAUCGGAAUUGAAUGAAAGAUUAGCAGUGUUUGAUUAUGGGCCUAUUGAUUCCCUAAAUAAACCUCCAUUUAUUAGAGAUGACGAUUUGAGCAAAAAUAAUAAAUUAAAAAUGACAGCUUCAGAGUUAACCACGUUUGUUAGAUUAUUGGGAGUAAUAAUUGGAGAUUUAGUGUCGAAAAAUAACCCCUAUUGGCAAUUAUAUCUUAUUUUGCGAGAAAUAUUUGAUUUCAUUUUAGCUAAAAAAAUUACAAAUGAUCAAAUAAAUGCGUUUGAUACCACUAUAAUCAGACACUGGCAGCUGUAUAAGCAAUUGACUGGUAAUUCUAUGAAACCAAAGGGCCAUAUUUCUCUUCACUACAAAAAAACGUGUGAGGAAAGUGGUCCUUGCUCACAUUUAUCUUCAAUCAGAGCUGAAUCUAAGCAUACAAAUUUAACAGUACCGGCAUCAGUUAAUAAAUCUCGUGUAAAUAUUUGUAAAUCUAUCGCGAUAAAGCACCAACUAAAUUUAAAUUAUCGUUUUUUGGCAAAUAGAUCUAUUACAGAUGAAAAAAUUACUGGUAUUAAAAUGAAAAUUAAUUCUAAAACAUGGUCAAAAUAUAAUUGUUCAAAUGAAGCAUUAAAUAAUUCCAAAAAAAGUUUUUUUCGAUGGGUAGAAUAUAAAAGUAUUAAAUAUACCCAAAAUAUGGUUUUAAUUACUGGAACGAAAGAUCUCUGCCCAACAUUUGCUUUAAUUGAAUUGAUCAUCAGUCUUGAUGAUCGUAAUGAAUUAGUUUUUGUAUGCAGAAGUAUUGACGUAUUAGGGUUUAAUGAACAUGUAUGGGCAUACGAAGUAAAAACCGAUGAGAAAAUUAUAUUUGUCAAUGUUAAAGACUUACUUGACCCAUUCUCUCUCUACAUUUAUACCUCAGGUGCCACUGGAUUUUUCGCACAGUAUCCAGAAACUGGACCAGAACAUGGAAUGAAGACUCAGGGUCUACUUGAGUUGUACAAAGGACUCUCUAUUUUACACUGUACAGUACAACCAAAUAUUACGGUCUUAGUUAAGAAGAAAAACAUGUGUUUUACCAAGGACAAUACAGAGGGUUAG